AUGCCUGCAACAAAGUCCAUGCGUCCUGCUCCCUUCCUCACGAAGCCCCCCCCGCCCCAUCCCGGCUGUGACCGCCCCCCACACCAACCUGCCGGGCACGGCACAGAACCGGCAGACCUGGCACAAACCUGGCAGACGGCACCAUCAGAAAAGCAACUUAACCUCUGCGCUUCGGCACCCUCUGCGGUCCUUCUGCAUCCUCUGCGGCAUGGAAGGCCUCAGGCCCCGCGAGGGGACAAACAUUCGGCUUCAGGGACUGAUUCAGAAUUAUGCAAUCAGAAAAGUCUGCAGGAAAAUCCAGAUUUCAGCAUGAGUUUUGAUGUUACUUUGAUUUGUGGGAAUGUUUUAAACGAAAUGCACACGCUGCUUUGCUCCCAGCACUACCCUCCACACAUGGCCUGCACAGAGGUGCCAGGGCCACUGCUCCGCUUACCAGAGGCGGGCCCGGGGCCUGGACAGGUGGGCAGCUUGGCCAGACGGGGACGGCUGCAGACCUGGGGUUCAGCCCAGCGUCUGCCUCAGGGCCUGGCUCCUAACCCACUGUGCACACUGGGUCCUGAGGACCAACGCCCUCUGCUGACCACCCCUGCCACUCCUAAGGGUCCCCUCUUAAGAAGUCUUUUUCCAGAAGUGUUCAAGGGCGAGGCGUCUGUGUGUGUGUGUGUGUGUGUGAAUGUAAACUAUGAGUGCAUUGCACAUGUGCAUGUGCAAGUGAGCGGAUGUGUGAGUGGGUGGUGUGUGAGUAUGUAUAUGAAGUUGGGUUAUGAGUGUGUGUGUGAGUGUGCUGUGGAUGUGGAGGCGGGUAGUGAGUGGGUGUGUAUAUGA